AUGUCCACGCUCAACACCUUCGACCCAUCCAAGGCGUAUGCCCAGCAGGAGCAGGUGUACUUCAACGACGGGCGAGAAGCGCAGCUACUGCGCCACAUCCAAUCGCGCAAAGACAUUGACUCGUUGAUAGGCUCCCCGGAGAGGGUCCUCGCUGCCAUUGACGAGUUUGGACGCCAAGAAAAGUAUCUAAUGAAUGUGGGGGAGGACAAGGGAAGCAUCGUGACCAAGCUGAUUCGCGAGACCCGUCCGAAAGUCAUGGUCGAGCUCGGAAGCUACGUCGGGUACUCGGCCAUCUUGUUCGGCAGCGCGGCGCGCGCCGCCGGCGGCCUCGCGUACCACUGCCUGGAGCGCAACGUCGAGUUCGCCGGCAUCGCCCGUUCGCUGAUUGACCUCGCGGGGCUCGGCGGCUUUGUGCAGAUGACGGUCGGGCCGAGCGACGAUUCGCUGCGCGCGCUGCACGCCGCGUCGCAGCUGGCGCACAUUGACCUGCUGUUCCUGGACCACCACAAGCCGUCGUACCUGCCGGACCUGCAGCUGUGCGAGCAGCUCGGCCUCGUCCGCAACGGCACGCUGCUCGUCGCGGACAAUGUCGUCAAGCCGGGCAACCCGCCGUACCUGGCGUACGUGCGCAGCGACGUGGAGAGCAAGAACCGGGCGUACGCUUCGGCGGCCGACGGCGCGGUGCGCGGGGACCCGAAUCUGGUGUACGAGAGCGAACUGAUUCCGAGUUUCGAGCCGACUGGGAUUCCGGAUGGCGUCGAGGUCACUAUAUGCAUCGGACCGGACAAUCCCCCCUUGUAA